AUGAGGACAAAAUUGGCCCUUGACCUGUUCCAGGAGCAAGCAGCAGGAAGCGAAAUAGAUGACCCAGCCAUGAAAUCUCCUCCUUCCACCAUCCUGAAGAAUUACGUCAUUGUUGGUUCCUCCCAAAUCUCAGGACAAGCUGCCCUCUUCCAUCCCUCUGGCCAGAAAAGUUCAGAUCCCCAUGUCAGAGGACAGGUAACAACACCAACCGGUUCCCCUCACCUGGCUGCCGUCCACCUGCCUUUACCUCCCAGCAGAGUCAUUGAAGAACUCCACAGGGCUUUGGCCACCAAACACCGGCAGGACAGCUUCCAUGGAAGAGAAAGCAAAGGCUCUCCAAAAAAAAGAGUGGAUGUCCAUCCAUCCAGAACAUCUAGCAUUGAGCGCAACAAAGAAAAGGAGAACUCGCUGAGUUACAGCAGUGAUUCAGAAAAUAAGCGGAACUCAGUUAAAGAGUCGGAUGAGAACAAAGAAAACAUGAUCAUGAACUCAGAGCUCAAGGAAGACUCUGUUUUUUUUCAGGAUGAGGAAGUUUUGAAUGACUCCAUUAUUUCUGGUACUUUGCCAAGAAAAUGCAAGAAAGAACUGCUGGCAGUAAAACUACGAAACAGACCGAGCAAGCAGGAGCUGGAAGACAGGAAUAUUUUCCCAAGGAGGACAGAUGAGGAGAGACAGGAAAUCCGGCAGCAAAUUGAAAUGAAACUUUCAAAGUAA